AUUCUGCCUGGAGACGAGAACACGUUAUAGUUUUCAGAGGAUUCCUGUGAUGCCAAAGUUGUCUAGUUAGAGCGACAAGGGUGUUUUCAGCCAUGCUACAGCAAUCAGAGCUCGUUUUUGACUUUGCCAGUGACCAUGUUAACCUGUCAGGGUUGGGGGUUCGCUCGGAUUUUCCUGCUGUGCUCGUGGAGCAGAUUCCACAUCCACACCUGUUCGCAUAUUCAGAGUUUUUAUGUGAGAAUCCACAGGUAGAAGACCACCAGUUGCCUAAAGUGGAGCCAUGUGAAAGCGGAGACGACGAGACCAUGGAAACGCUCGUUGCUGCAGACUCACUUCUUGACUUGGACUGUCCUGAUACCCUGUCACUGGAACACUACUCCCACACCUUUCUGCCGUCAUUGGGUGAUGUCAUCACGGCUCCUGUCACUCAGGUGACUGUGUCGGCAGAGGGCAUUGUGGGAGCUGUUGAAGAGCCACAAUGGCACACGAUGCACACAAAUGAGCCUGCGACACAGCUGCAGUCCAAACAAAGAAGUAGGAAACGACAUCAAAGGGCAGAGUCUCCUACUCCUGACAUAAAAGUGAAGCGGGAUAAAUACAAUAAAGGUGGAAACACUCUCUACUUGUGGCAGUUUCUGAUGGAGUUGUUGCAGGACAGACAAGUUUGCCCCCGCUACAUUAAAUGGACUAAUCCCAACGCUGGAAUUUUCAAACUGGUCAAUUCAAAGGCAGUGGCGAGACUCUGGGGAAAACACAAAAACAAACCAGAUAUGAAUUAUGAGACCAUGGGCAGAGCACUAAGGUAUUAUUACCAAAGAGGCAUCCUGAAUAAGGUUGAAGGCCAGCGCCUUGUCUAUCAAUUCUCCUCACUGCCCAAAGACAUGAUCUAUAUCACAGACGGCGAGGGCGUCCAACAGGAAGAAGAACACGAUGACGCGAGUGCUAACGACGGAGUGAGUGAGGAUUCUGACGACAGCACCGUAUCUUCCAGUGACCAAUCAUUGGAGGAAGAAUAUUCCAUCCCACCAAAGAAGACGUCAUUUUGCUCGGUCCAGCGGAUCAAGCAAACUCGUGACACUGUCCUUCGACCUUCAAGCUCCAGCCUCAUCCAGGAGCAGCAUUUGCCCAUUGUGUCUGCCGAGAUGUUGCGCACACUCCAGAACCUGCAGAAGGUCCAGUCUCUCCAGCCGGCAGGUCACGCCUCUGUCUUCAAAACAGCUCAGCUGCUGGGGAGUCUGUGUGAGCAACAGGCCUCUGCUGACAGUAGUGCUGCGCUGGAGACAUGUGAUAGAAAGUCACAGUUGGGAACCAAAGCUUCUCAGGUGGAGACCCCGAAGCUGGUGUCGCUUAUUGGCUCUGACCAGUAGAAUAAUGAGCCAUCCAUACACGCACGCACGCACACACGCACACACACACACACGCACAUACGCACACGCACGCACGCACGCACGCACACACACAAGACCGAGACACACAUGCGCCACACACUUCCACUCAGCUGCUGAGCUGCAAUGUUAGCAAGUAAGCGUUUGGAUUUGAAAGAAUCAUAAAAAAAAAAAAAAAAACAUGUUCAUAGUCAUCCUCUCAGUUACUUGUAUCUGGUGAAACCAAAGACAUGACAUGCACUGGAAUCUGCAGCGCUUCUGCAGGCACUCUCCCGUUGCACUUCUCAGUAGCACAUUGUGCUCCGCCGCCAUUCUUUCUCUGUCUUGAGUCCUCACAUGCUGAAGCAUUCCUCUGCCUUGACAAUGACUUUGCACUAAUGUUUAUCCUGCUGUAUGUUUUCUUCAAGUGCCUAAUGAUCUCGGUAUAUCCUGUCCCUCCUUACUCUUGAGGGUAGUAUGGAAACAUUCCAUUUUUUUUACAUGUUUUUUUUCAUGAUAAAAGGGAUAGUAGUUAUAGCACUGCUGCUGUAAAUAUAUAAGGUGCAGUAUCUACAGCAGACUUUUUUUUGUUCUGUUUUUGACAAUCACUUGUGAUCUCUAUCUUUUUCUUAGCUACUGUGUCACCUACAAUUGAGCUUUCGUGCAAUGCACAACCUUAGAUUUGCUUAUAUGGACCUAAAGUCUUUGUUUACUUGUUAUGUAUUUACUGUAUAUCUGAACUUUAACGUGUGCCCAGUUGCCAUUUUUUUUUUCUCUCUCAGGUUUUGUUUUGCCUAUACUCUAUGCAAAAAAAAGUACAAUGGCUGGUUUUCUGAUGAGGUACUAAUAAGUUCAAUGUUUUGUUGUACGGGUUCAUUCCAUGUUAGUUCUCUUUACAGCAGUAGUGGGCUGUGCAUUUCACACCUAGACCUUCAGGUCUCUGAAUUAAUCCAACCUUCAAUAACUAUUUUAUGGCUAUAAAACUGCUACUGCAGGUACAGAUGCGACAAAAAAAAAAGCAAAAAAAAGACCCUGAUAAAAUUGCAAUAUAAUUUCAGAAUAUAGCAACACUUUAUUCACCAAAAACCCUUCAAGCUUUGAGGUUGCCCGACCUUGCUUAACAUCUAGCUUUUCUUUUACAGCAACUAAAUCAUUUCUUUUCCUCCUUCAGCCAUGGUGGGUUGACAAAACAGCGAUUAAAUCAACACGCAGCUCGCUACAGAUGCAGUUUGCUCGCUCUGGCUAGUACAUUCUCUGACUAUCCAAUCAAAGCGUGUGAAUACGCUGACGUUUCCGUACGCCUGUUAGAAGGCCUUGGUGUCGCCAACUCAGAAUCUGAUUGGUUGAAGCAACAGUCUGAUCGACAUUUAUUUUAUGUUACUCAGAACUGAUUGUGAAGGCCUCCAGGCAGAUUUCUUUGACCCUGGCAACAAAUAGUAGCUGAAAUGUGAUUGGUUAAAUGCUUAAAUAUGAAAAUACACAUCUGGAAGCAGUGCAACCAGGGUGCUCGCAAUGACAGGAAGCGGACAGACCAUUUGGAAUUAUUUAAUACAUAUUAAAUUUGCUCAUAAAUACGUAUUAAAUUAACAUGUAUUCAUGGACAAAAUAUAAUUAACAUCAGUCUGUGAUUCUGAUAUUUUUAGGCCAGCAGAGAAGGCCUUGCAGGCCCUGACGGCCCACCACUGCUUUUACAGCUAUUGUUUGAAUCUUACUUACCCAGCCCACAAGUUUCAAAUCACUCCACAAAAACUGAGCGCAACACAUUUUAGACCAGGGGUGUAAAACUCAUUUUUUUCGCGGGCCGCAUUGUAGUCAUAGCUUCUUUCGGAGGGCCACUAUGACUGUCAACCCAAUUAAAUGUACGAGCACCUCAUAUACAGUAAAAGCUACAAAACAAACUGACAAAUAACUCGUUUUAAAAUCAGACGAGUAAACACUGGUCAAAUAUUUAAAAAAAAAAAGAUAUUAAAAGUGAAGACAAUUUGCAAUUCUAGUAAUGACACGAAUUUGUCUUCGCAGGCCACAUAAAAUGAUGUGGCGGACUGUAUCUGGCCCCCGGGCCUUGAGUUUGACACUUGUGUUUUAAACAGACUGAUGAUAACAUCAGUUACACUUUCUAACUGUGCUUAUGCCCCCCUUGGAAACGUGUGCUAAAUGUUUUACUACUUUAUUAAGUAAUUUGGAAUCCUCUCUGUGUUAUGUCGACGUGUCUCAAUACUAUGAUUUUUACAGAAAUGGAUUUGGAAGAUUUUAACAGAGGGAAGUGUGGCAUUUCUGUUGCUUUUUCUGGUUUGUUUGUUUGUUUGUUUUGAUGCAGUCCAGAUGUGGCUUAAUAUACUAUUCCACGCAUACGUAUAUCAAAUAAAUAUAGUCUGCUCAGUGUAAA